CGCAUGCGCACUGGGGUUGUUUUUCACAAAGCUGCUCUUAAAGUGAGCUGGCAGCCUCCAGCCGCCCGUCUUUGUAAGGAGACCACUGAGACAAGCAGGAUCGUGGAGGAGCAGCCUCCCUGCUGCCCUGACUUUUUAAGAAAUCUCAAUGAACUAUUUGUAAAGAAUCACUGAUCUUGCCUGCAAGCUUUUUGCACGGCAAAGACAUCGAUCAGUGUUAGGUGAAGAUCACAUUUUAUAUGUGAUCUUGACUUUUUUGUCUUACAUUAUAUUUUUAUAGAUUUUGUUAUAAACAUGGUGCUGGGAAAGGUGAAGAGUUUGACAAUAAGCUUUGACUGUCUUAAUGACAGCAAUGUCCCUGUGUAUUCAAGUGGGGAUACAGUCUCAGGAAGGGUGAAUUUAGAAGUUACUGGGGAAAUCAGAGUAAAAUCUCUUAAAAUUCAUGCAAGAGGACAUGCGAAAGUACGCUGGACCGAAUCAAGAAACGCCGGCUCCAAUACUGCCUAUACACAGAAUUACACUGAAGAAGUAGAAUAUUUCAACCAUAAAGACAUCUUAAUUGGACACGAAAGAGAUGAUGAUAAUUCAGAAGAAGGCUUCAACACUAUUCAUUCAGGAAGGCAUGAAUAUGCAUUCAGCUUCGAGCUUCCACAGACACCACUUGCUACCUCAUUCGAAGGCCGACAUGGCAGUGUGCGCUAUUGGGUGAAAGCCGAAUUGCACAGGCCUUGGCUUCUACCAGUAAAAUUAAAGAAGGAAUUUACAGUCUUUGAGCAUAUAGAUAUCAACACUCCUUCAUUACUGUCACCCCAAGCAGGCACAAAAGAAAAGACUCUCUGUUGCUGGUUCUGUACCUCAGGCCCAAUAUCCUUAAGUGCCAAAAUUGAAAGGAAGGGCUAUACCCCAGGUGAAUCAAUUCAGAUAUUUGCUGAGAUUGAGAACUGCUCUUCCCGAAUGGUAGUGCCAAAGGCAGCCAUUUACCAAACACAGGCCUUCUAUGCCAAAGGGAAAAUGAAGGAAGUAAAACAGCUUGUGGCUAACUUGCGUGGGGAAUCCUUAUCAUCUGGAAAGACGGAUACAUGGAAUGGAAAGUUGCUGAAAAUUCCACCAGUUUCUCCCUCUAUCCUCGACUGUAGCAUAAUUCGUGUGGAAUAUUCACUAAUGGUAUAUGUGGAUAUUCCUGGAGCUAUGGAUUUAUUUCUUAAUUUGCCCCUUGUCAUUGGUACCAUUCCUCUACACCCGUUUGGUAGCAGAACCUCAAGUGUAAGCAGUCAGUGUAGCAUGAAUAUGAACUGGCUUGGUUUAUCCCUACGUGAAAGACCUGAAGCACCACCCAGCUAUGCAGAAGUGGUAACGGAGGAACAAAGGCGUAACAAUCUUGCACCAGUGAGUGCUUGUGAUGACUUUGAGAGAGCGCUUCAAGGACCACUGUUUGCAUAUAUCCAGGAGUUUCGGUUCUUGCCUCCACCUCUUUAUUCAGAAAUUGAUCCAAAUCCUGAUCAGUCAGCAGAUGAUAGACCAUCCUGCCCCUCUCGUUGAAGGAACACUUGGUUAAAUCAAGUUGAUGUGGGUUCUGAACUGUAUCUCUUCCCAGCUGAGGACAGAGAAGUAUCUUGGAGACACGUUUUCAGAGGAAGUGGAAUUGCUUUUGCCCAGAAAAAUGGCAAAUACAUGAAACAGCCAGUGAUCAUGCUUUAGAAGCCUACAGCAACAUUCUGGGACUGCUCCAACAUGCUUGAAGAUCUAAGCUUUUCUCCUUUAAAACAGGCACAUACUAAGAGCAGUCUUCUUAGCCUAUGGUCAUACGUGUCAAGACACCACGUUGUAAAGAGGGAUGAUUUCCUUCUUUUUAUUUGAAAAUUUGCACAUGCUCAAUGCUUACAUUGUGCAGUUCCGAUGUCACUACAGCUUUUUUUUUUUUUUCCAUUUAUGCCAGACUCUUGAUACUCUUUAAAAACUUGUUUGUGGUCAGCACAACAAGGAACAAAAGAAAGCUUUGAAAAAACUUUAACAUGAAAAAAACGCACUGACUUUUUUUUUUUAAUUUAAUAUAGCCUGGACUUUACCUGCGUAUGCACAUGCUCAGAAAUGUCCUACUAGGCUGACCAUGUAUCACCUCUUCAGCUUGGAUCCUAUUGUGGAUUUAUUUACAAACAUCAAAUGCCUUCAAGCCAAUCCUUCUUGCUGUAUGUUUUGCAGCCUACUGUAGUAGAUACGCAACAGAUAUGUGGGAAAAGAGAUAAGAGGAGGAAGCUAAUAAGAGACUUUGUCAAGAUUGUAUACCUUCUUGGUUUCUUUUAAGAAUUUGUUGCCUUUCUACUAUUACAGCAAAGCAGCAUUUUGUUACUGACUGCCUAAAAUCACUUAAUCUCAGGUGAACGCAUCACUUGCCAAACUGUUGGAAUGCUAUUUGUGUUUUGUUGCACUGUUAUUUUGUUUGGUUGGUUGGUUGGCUUUUUGGAGAGGGAAAUUUGGAAAAGGGACAUACACAAAAGUGAUACCCCACCCACAUUCCCUUUUUAUCAUUACAUGAAGAAACUAGCAGAGCUAAGAAUGGAGUAAAGAUAGGCAGUAUGGCAGGCACCAGCAAAGAGUUAAGGGCUUGUUGCUCUUAAAAAUUAUUGUUAUUUUUAUUAUUUUAAGAGUAUGGAAAUUUUCCAGUCACUGGAGAGGAGGAGAAAGUGCAUUUAUUUUUAUAACAGAGUUACUUAAUUACCUCCAAAACACAUAUGUUGGAAAUCAUUUUUGCUGGUGCAGAGUGUUUUAAUGAGCAGGAAUAUAUAUAUAUUCAGGUUACGAUUAGAGAGCUUAAUUUAUACAUUUCCUAUCCUGCUCAAGCCUCUCAGAGCUUGAAAACCCAAGUUUAUUCUAAAAGUGUAUAACUUCAAAAUUAUAAAUACUAGAACGUGUGUGCUGGAAUGAGAACUGUUUUCUAUUUUUGUGGUUUUUUCUAGUGAAAGUAUUUUUUCCAUUACCUAAAGAACAUUUUGCUAAACAUGAGAAACCACUCACUUUGAGUAUAUAUAGAUAAGAGCAACCACAUCAGUAAAUUAUAGUUUAUAUUAAAGAUAAUUUACAGUUGGCUCAUAACAAAUAUACCAGCAUUCAUGAUGACACUUAAAAACCAUUUUCCAAGGUACCAAGUGUACUGAUGGUCUUAUUUUAGAAGGAAUUCAGCUCUGAUGUUUUUAAUGAAAAUCAGCAUCUGUGAUGUUGCAACAUACGUGUGAAAUGGGUGUUACAUCUAUCCUGCCAUUUAACCCCACAGUUAAUAAAGUGGCUGAAAAUAGUAACUCUGGCUUGGUGCUUGACCUGGUUAAAUACUGUCUUAAAGCUUCAUACAAAACAAAUAGGCUUUUCCAUAAGUGGCCUUUAAGAAAACAUGGAAGACAAUUCAUGUUUGAAAAAUGCUGACAGGGUGAAGAAAGCCCAGCGUAAAAACGAAUCGCGUUUUAAGUGAUUCAGUAAAGGGUUUGGGCUCCCGUAGCAAACUAAUACUAGAUAAUAAGGAAAUGGGGGUGAAAUAUUUUUUUAUUGUUGUUAAAUCAUUUUGUGAAUGUCCCCCUCAAAAGAAGCUAAUGGAAUAUUUGGCAUAAAGGGCAUUUGGUGGUUUUAUUUUUGUUUGGGGGGGAUUGUCUGAAAAUCCCUUUUCUCUCUUAUGUCUGACUAGGGAACAAUUGUUGAUAUGCAUAGCAUUGGAAUACUUAUCACCAUAUACUCUUAUAAAUAA